CUCAAGUCACUUUCGACUUCGACACAGUUGUCCGCUUGUUUCGCAUUUGACAGCAACUGCCAGCAAGGGGACGAAAUUCACAACACUGCUAAUUCUGUGCAGGUGAAGAACGUCGUGAGUGUGUGAUUCGGAAAUAAACCAUCGGAACCUGGAACUGUUUGCCAAAGAUGAACAAGACGCUAAACUAACGUACUUAAGAACAGUGCCGUGAGCGUGUGUGUGUGCAAAUCCAAACUGUGCCUACUCUCCCGCAAAGUGACCAAUUCGUUUUGUUAGUUUCGCCGUGCUGGCUCGCCUGCUGUGUUGUGUUCGGUCCAACAACUACGCAAACGAUUUACACUAUUGGACAAAAGAAGAAAAAAAAACAACAAUCGCAUCUCGAUCCGCAGCAGGUAAGUGGCAGUCGGUAGUGCUGCUAGCCAGCCAGCCAUGGGGAAUGACGACUGAGCCCGACGACUGAAGGAGGAGAGUGUUCCAAAGACGGGGAGGGAGGGAACAAAGAUAGCCUGCUUAUCGGGUUCGGAGCUGCGACGUGUGUGUGAUGCUGAAGAUGCCUCAGUCGACGACCAAUCAGCAUAAUAGUGCUGGUGCUGUAAACGUGUGCAGUUCCCACCAGCAACAGCUCCCGUUCGAUACAAUCACUGGAAUGGCGAAUGAUUCGAGACAGACGGUGGCUGCCGCAGCAGCCCACAGCACCACCGGGCAUGGUACGAGUGUGGCACCGCGAUCUAGACCGAAACCAACGCAACAGCACACGUCGAGCACGCCUGCGAUUGGGCUGACGCUGGCAGCGAUACCGCUGAAUCCCUCGCCGAAAAACGUCAUUUCGCCCAUACCGGCAGCAGUCGUCGAGUGCGACAAGUUUGUGGCCAACUUUGACGAUAAAUUUCUGGGUGCUUCGAUACCGAGGCACAGUCCAGUGGACGGAGAGGCAAACAGUUUUAAGUUCAGUGUACCAUCGGCCGCAGUAUCACCUGCCGCUCUGCUGUCUCCCUUUGAGCAGGAUCCAAUGUCCACAUCCACCACGGUGUCCAUUCGCCCGCGGCCAACAGUGCUGUCGCACUCGCAGCAACAGCACCAGCCGCACAUACUGAGCAACUCAAACAGUGAAAAAUCGCUAGUCUCUCCGUUGUCCGGAUCAUCGACAUGGAACCCGUUCGGAGAUCCAUCGCCUUUCAGCCCCAUCUCGACGCUGACGGAAGAUCAGCUGUUCGGAGCGGAAUUCGAUAAACUACGCCUCGAAGGCAGCCAAACGUCUAUCGUGACCUCACCGGAGGAAAUGAAAUCGGACCGCUGCGUGUCGUACUGGGACACGCAGCGGGGAUCCCUUUCGCAAGCCCUCUCUACGGGUAUGAUUGCUGCUUCGAACGGAGCGUUGGCGGGCAAAGAUUUGCUCACACUCGAGGAAGAUCCCUUCGGUUCUGCUCCGUUUACGCUGCCGAAACGAUUCAAACAGAAAAGCAGCUCUGCAAAGCUGGCAUCGAAAAUAAGCGAUCGUUGGCGCUAUGCCGUGGGCAGUGGACAGGGAGGCACGGGCAAGGAAAGCUUGAUACAAAACACCCCUACGGAACCAUGCAGCAGCAAUGGCAUCGACGUGGCGGGCUUGAGCAGUGCCCACAAGGACAUGGACAAACCCGCGCUCGGACCAAAGAACCUGAAGCUAGACGAUCUCAUCGGCAGUGGAGAGAAAGGUUCGCCCAGCUUCAUCAAGCUACCGCUGGACGAUCGUAACAAGUACGAAAAGCUCAACUCUAACGACAUCACAUCGGACGACAGCGAUUCGGAAUAUUACUCCGAAUCCGUCGGAUCUCUAGCUCUCGGCGUUGGCAGUGCGGUCGGUGGAGCUGGUGGCGUUGGUAGUUACGCAGGUCACAUGCACCCCGGCGCCACCGGCAGCACCGGAGGAGGAAGUGCAAAGAAGCACAGCUUCAAGCAGUUUGUGGAGAGCAACAUUCCAGAAAAAUUGCAAGCCGUAUACCAUAAAGUGGACAAGAGUCAGAUGAAAAACGUGCAGCUGGUGAAAAAGCUGCGCAGUAAGGUGGCUCACGCCGGCAAAGACUCGUCCUCGCACAGUGCAGGGGCAGCAGCGAAGGGAGGUGAGCGCCGAUCAGCGAAAAAGGGCGCUAAUCGCGAGCAACCGAAUGCACCGGAGAAUGGUAAUGCUUCCGACGAUGAUUCGAUCGGGUCGGCAUCGGAUCUACGGGCGAAUGAUGAUUUCCCGGAGGGAGAUGAAGCGAAUGCGAAGGUUCCUGUCUGUGAACCGGCCCGCCGAAAACCGUUCGGGCGCGGAACGUUCGGCGGCGAGGGAAGUGUGGACGAUUGCAUCAGCGAGAGCAUCAAGACGUGCGGUUCAAGUGCCUAUCACGCGGAAUGCGAAAGUGUGACCACCAACGAGGACAACACGAGCCGAAUCGUGACCAGGGUGCGCGUCAAAAAGCGGGACCACAUGGACUCCAAGCACAGCGUUAUCGAUGAGGACGAUUCCGCGGAAGAGGACAUGAUUCAGGGCGAAAAGCCGCUGCUGUUGGACGAUGAGCUGGACUAUGAGUCGGCUGCUGAAAACAAUACCAGCGGCGAAGAGGUCCUGAUGGAUCCGUUCACGCCCGAGGACGAUAUUGCCGCCAAGAAGCGUGAAUGCAUCAACGAGGACGAAGAAGCGGAAGCCGAGCUUGACCCGUUUGCGAUGGCGCCCUUCCGCAAACCGUUUGUGCCAAAGCGGAACAGUGUCAUCAAGUUCCUACCCGAAGUGCAUCCCAUCCCAGAGCACUGUCCGACCAGUGGGGGUGCCGAGUUGCUGCCCAGUGAGUUCGUCACUUCCACGCCGAUAAAACCGGCAGCUACAAUCAGCUACGAACCUGCACCAAAGACGUGCAACGACUUGUUCGAUUUAAACAUAGCCCCUACAGCAACAACGCAGCGCGAAAAAAGCUCCCCCAAUGUUCGGCGCGAUCUGUUUGGACUUGAACCGUUUCCAGUCGCUCCGAUAGUUCCCACAGUACCGGCCACAUCGCCUGGAAUAAUUGCCUCUCUGCCGCCUAGUGUCAUGGUAGCUUCUCCGCCUACAGUAAACAACGCUGUAAAGCAUCCAAUGAAAGCUCCUGCCACAAUGACACCUCAGGAACCAUCAAUCUCACGCGUAACUCUCGAGUCCGGUGGAGUCACCUUAACUCACAUUAUUCCUCAUACCGGUACAGCUUUACCAACGAUCCCCAUACUGCCUGUGCCAGUAGCAGCAGCAGCAGCAGCAGCAGCAACUGGUACCGUGCCGACAGCUUCACCAUCCUCUGUAUCUCUAUCCACGAUAGUGACUAGCCAUUCCGCAUCCUACAGCAGUAACCUGCACCAUGCAGUCGCAGGACAGCAAUACCUGAAUGCGAGACGCGACUAUGUAAAUUUCAGCCAAAUUCCCUCGCACAGCGUGACCUCCAUUUCGCCGGAUAACAACUACGUCAACUUCUGCCCAGAGGACGAGGAAGACGAUGACGUGCGUAAUCUCAAGUCGGACGAUUACGACGACAAUAGCAGCGAUACGGUUGUGAAAGUGUCCUCCAAAGGAUUUCUGACGAAAAAGCAGAAGGUCAAGUAUAACCAUCUGCAAGAGAAAAGCAGUGGCGGCAGCACCGGUCAUGGACGCAGCGAGGAGCUGGCCAGUAGGCUCGGGCAGAAGGUAAAGGCUAACGUCAGUGGCUACCGCAAAGCCGUGCUGGAAAGCGGCGUCGCAGUGAUCGGAAAGAGCAAGAAAGACGACCAAACGUCCAGACCGGCGAAGGGAAGCUCAAAAUCAAGCUCGAAAGCGAUGGGAUUCAGCAACAUGAGCUUCGAAGAUUUCCCCUCGGAUGAGCUGGCGGAUGAGUCGGUGGGAGCGGCCGAUGGUACUACCCGGCUGACGACGGGCGUCGCCGGCGGAAAGCUGCUGAAGAUGGCCCCGUUCGAGGUAAUCCGGAACGAAAAGAUGCUGCUGGAGGCAGAGAAAAAGUUUGGCUCACUGAAGCGGCGGAGCAACCCAUUCUCCUGAUUGUACGCCGAAGGAUAUAAGAAGCGGAAAUGAAGCUUGGGAAGAUCAGGAUUUCGAGCAGGAAGAAGUACAUUAUGGCUUCAUUAAUUUUACAACUGUUCACAGCUUGGAAUGGCAACUACUACUCCGGCUCCGGAGAGCAUGCAUGGUGUGGCUGGCAGACCGUUUGGCUCUUGGAGAAAAUUGAUCAAAAAAUUCGCUAGAAGUAAAACAGCAUGGGCACGAUUCUUUAGAAGAACUCGCGACAUGCACCGAACCAAGAGACUGGAAAGCUUCGUAAAGAUGAGUGAAAAAUAGUACUUUCAAGUUAGCGACAACACGCUGAUGCACCUGUAAACCGGUCGUAAUGAGCAAAAGGCACGAGCACACAGCACAGAUAGGACCCAGAGCCUCAUCGAUCCAGUAAGAUUAGGCUGAUAUUUUAUCUAGGCGUUAUUACCAAACUGUAGAAUUAUGGUAUUGUACAUGUAUUGUGUGAGUGGUUUGCUUGCGCCCUAGAGAGCAAUGUGGUAUGCUGUUUGUGUGGACAACGUUUCACACGUUUGUUUGUAUUAUUUUGAAUUAUCUUAAGCUAUUUAUUAUAGUUUCAAAUACAACUGAGUCAAUGGGGUAGCGUAGCGUAGGUCUUACAGUAGGAUUGUAGGAUGCAAUAGGCAGCCCGGAAAGCAGGCGGCAGCUACAUACAUAUGUUCAGUAUUAUCAGGUAGCCAGGUAAUACGCAAUGUGCAUUUCUCUUCACGUCAUCAGUUAAUCCCGUAUCAAAAUUAGUACGCCUUGUGCAACAGUUUUGGGUUCGUAAUCGUGGCGUGUGGCGCAGGGACAAAGACAAAACAAAAUCUAGAAACUUAACCUUGCCUCAAAUGCUAAUCCACCUCUAAUUCCAAGUUUAUACAGACUGCAAACUGGAAAUAUUCUAUAAACGCAAUCCCGCGCAAUCAACGCGAUCCCUGUACGAUCCGUAUAUAGUAUAUGAUACGUAUGUGAAUAUAUAUAUUUAUAUAAAUUA